UAAGCACAUUUAAUUAACCUUAAUGCUGGGGCAGGGCAGGUACAUAAGACAAAUGAGGUUGAGAAACACAGUAAGAACCCAUUAAAGAGAACUCCAUUUGUAGGGGAGGGCAUUUCGAUUUUAAAUUCGUCUGCAAAAGUGAACAAAACUCAGUUUACUCCAAUUUCUAAAUUGCCCUUUAUGUCCAAGCUUUUAGAUAUUUUUCAUAUUUAAAUAUGUUUCAGUCCAGCAUAAGUGUAGAGGUACACAGUACUGAAUAUGCCCUGUUGAAGGUCAUCAAUUAAAUUAUACUCUUCAUGGAUUCAGGCUCAUGCGCUGUUUUAGUACUAGAUCUUAGUGCUGCGCUUGACACUAUUGACCUUAACAUCCAUCUCAACCACCUGGAGUCUAUGGUCAGCAUCCAGGUAUUGGCUCUGCAGUGGUUUGCCUCCUAUUUGAAAAACAGGAAAUUUUCUGUAAACAUAGGAAAGUUUUCAUCAUUGUCCGCCCCACUAUUGUGUGGUGUCCCUCAAGGGUCCAUUCUAGGCCCCUUACUCUUUCCCUCUACAUGCUUCCUCUGUUUUUAAGAAGUACAACAUAUCUUAUCACAGAUAUGCUGACGACGUACAGUUUUACCUUCCAGCUAAGUUAGAUGUUAACUGUCCUUUUGAAAAUCUCUUGUAGUGCAUUGAAGAUAUUAAAUGUUGGAUGGCAAAAAAAAUUUGCAGUUAAAUGAAGGUAAAACUGAAGUGUUGAUUUUAGGUUCCUCCGUGACAUCUUCCAUUCUAGAAGCCCAGCUGGGUUCUCUUUUCUUUAAAUGUACAAAAGCAUGUCAAAAGCCUCUGAGUGAUUUUAGACUCUUCACUACUUUUUAAUAAAUAGAUUAGUGCUGUAAUUAAAGGAAGCUUCUUUCACCUCAGAUCUAUUGCAAAAAUAAAAAUUUUCUUUCAAGUAAAGAUCUGGAAAUCGUCAUCCGUUCUUUAAUUACACCAAGGCUAGAUUAUUGUAACUCGUUGUAUAUUGGCCUCCCUGAAUCUGCUUUAUUACGUUUACAACUAGUUUAAAAUGCGGCAGCCAGGCUGUUAAUGGUCGAAAAAGAGGGAUCAUAUAUCCCCUAUUUUAGCAUUUCUUCACUGGCUUCCUCUAAAGUUCAGGGUUGAGUUUAAAAUCCUUCUCUUUGUGUAUAAGUCACUCAGUGGAUUCACGCCUCAAUACAUUAGUGACCUUCUUCUCUCUUCUUCUUCCCCUAGAGCACUCAGGUCCUCUGAUUAACUUCUUUUGUAUAUGCCCCGUUGUCAUUGUAAAUCCAAAGGUGAUCGGGCCUUUUCUGUAGCUGUGCCCAACCUUUGGAAUGAUCUCCUGUGACGAGGGCGUGGCCGGGCUGUGUGGGUGCAUGGCCGGCCCUGAAUCAGAUGAUCAGCAGGAGAGCGAGAUAAAGGGGGCCGGAGACACCAGUUCAAGGGAGAGAGAGACGCAUGCUGCCACGCUGCAUGUGUGUGUUUGUUUUAUAUUGUUUUAAGUUGAGUUUUACCAUUAAACUUUACGUUAACUGUUCAGCCAGUUCCCGUUUCCUCCUUGCCCAACCUUUACCUGUUACAGUGGUGCUGAAACCCAGGAGGGAGGAGGGAUGCGCUGUCCUCGCCACUGCCAUCUGGCAGGGGAGCAGCCGCGGCCAUCUGCCUGGGGAUGGAGGGGUUGCUGCCGGCCGCCGAGAGCUGGAGGAACCGCUGCCGUACGCUGAAGAAGGGUAGAAGCGGUUCCGUCCACCAGGGGUUGGAAGGCUCGCUGCUGUCCACUGGGGGAGGAACAAGCUGUCAUCUGCCAGAAGGCGGAGGAGCAGUUGAGGACUGGGCAACGCCUACCCUCAUCUCUCCCCCAGGUUCCCAGGAGGCGGGGUGGACCACUGGCUGACCACUGGGCAGCGUCUCCCCUCCAGAGAUGAGUAAGUCAGUCCAGUGGCGCCCCAGCCUGAAUUGGCGGGGGAGGAGUGUGACAAGAAGGAAGGCAUAGCCAGGCCGUGAGUGUGCAUGGCUGGCGCUGAAUCAGAUGUUCAGUGGGAGAGUGAGAUAAAGGGGGGCCGGAGACGCCAGUUCGAGGGAUAGAGAGGCGCACGUGGCCGUGCUGCAUGUGUGUGUGUUUGUUUAUGUUGUUUUAUGUUGAGGUUCUCAUUAAACUUUAUGUUGACUGCUCCUUGCCCACCUUUACCUGUUACAUCUCCCCUUUCAUGUGAGGUCUGCUCCUUCCUUAGCUAUUUUUAAAUCUUCUCUUAAAACCUAUUUUUAUUCUCUAGCUUUUGAUAAUGUUUAAAUAUCAGGUUGUAUUUUCCUGAUUGUUGUACUUUUAUGUGUUUCCAUUGUGUAUCAGGAUUGUACAGCACUUUGGGUCAACCUCUGUUGUUUUUAAAAGUGCUUUAUAAAAAAUGUUGACUUGUCUUGAUUCAAUUUUCCUCAAAGAGUGACAUAAUGGCAUGUAGCAGCUGUAGAGACCAAAGACCAAAGUGUAUGAUCAGCGAGAUAGAUAGAGGUGACCUUCUGAAAAGGACUGGGAAAGGGAGAGAGAGAGUGAGAGAGAGAGAGAGAGAGAGAGAGAGAGAGAGAGAGUGGGAUGGAGUUUCAGCAGCUGAAAGAUCUAUUGAACGGCAGAUAAUGCAAUGUACUUCUGCUAUUGAGAGCCUCUUUAUAUAGCUUCACACCCACCUGCCAGACCCAGCCAGGCCUGAGAAGUGUCAAAAUGGGGCAGACUUCACUGCGUUUGUCUAAUGUUGGUGCUAAAGCUUAUUUGUACCUUCCAACCCCUCCCCUAAUCAUCUGUUAUCAACAUAUCUGGUCAGUUCUUGUUUAUCUCACUUUCUCUCUCUCUCCAACUCAAACACUCACAUAGACAAGGAUGUAAUAAAGGACAUUAGAAGCAUGUGGCCCUGUCAAUCAUCUCAGUAUGUUCCUCUGUUCCACACUGUCCUCUGAAUGGUGUCAAAGUACAUGUGACCAAACAACAGAAGCAAGCCCCCUCUCUGUCACUCCACUAACUCUCUCUAAUUCUCUCUGGAGGAUCCAACAGAUCAUAAGUUAGUUUAAAGGGUUGCCUUGGCCUGUAUGUGAUCUUGGUGCAGUUAAACUCCUUAAAAAUUUCUUGGGUGGAUACAAGCACAUUUUUCUAGACAGGACUGUCUGGUUUUGCCUGCCAUAAUUGUGUGAGUGAGUGACUGCAAAAUGGUAGCGUCACACGGCUUGUUUCUUGGGCUUUUCAUAGUUCUGCUCAGCACUGGAAUGUUUAAGGAUAUUGUACAGGCUGAAGAGGGGCAGCAAACUGAGAAGGCAGAGGAGCUGGGGGGUUUGGAUGUUACUGGAGAUGAGGAAGAGGAUGCAUCUGAUGACAAAGAGGGUGGAAACACAUCUGAGGAGGUGGCUGAUGGCACGGGAGAGGAUGAAGAAGGAGAUGUGGAAGGGGAAGAGGAAGAGGAUGAUGGAGAGGAAGGGGCAGCUCCUGCUGGUGAGGUAGAGGAAGGAGUGUCUGAGAAAGAGGAAGUGGUGGAGGAAAAGAUUGAGAAGGAGGAAGGAGCCGCAGAGCAGGAGGAAGGAGCAGCAGAGGAUGAGGAGAUAGAGGAAGUAGCAGAGGAAGAUGAGAAAAGAGAAGAAGCCAUAUAUGAUGAGAGGGAGGAAGAAGUAGAAGAGGAGGAGGAAGCAAAGGAUGAGGAGGAGCAGACAGAAGCAGCAGCAGAGGAGGAGGAGGAAGAGGUGCAAGAAGCAACAGCAGAGGAAGAGGAAGCAGCACAACAGAUAGAGGAGGAAGAAGCAGCAGAGGAGGUGGAGGAGGGAGCACCAGCUGAGCAAGAAGAGGAAGAGGUAAAUGAGGAAGUGGUAGCUGCUGAUGAGAAUGAAGAUAAAGAGGACACUGAUGAGGAAGAUAAGGAAGCAGAUGAACAAUCAGAGGAUCUUGAACUGGUUGAGGAAAAAGAGGAGGCCAGUGAGACUGAGGAAGCUGAAGAGUCCGUAGAUGGUGCUGCUGGAGAUGACACUGAAGCUGCUGAGGAGGUAAAUGUAGAGGAGGAAGAAGUACCCUCCACAGAAGAUGCAGACUACUGCUCAGGCUCUUUCUGUAAACUUUGCUCUGUCUGUGAGUGUGGUAGCUGUGACAAAUGUCCCUGUGACGAGGGAGACACAUCAGCACUCUGCCAACACUGUGAAAAUUGUUCGUACUGCUACUUUUGUCCUUUGAUCUGUGAGACAGUCUGCCAGCCAGGCGGAAUUCUUGACAUAGUGAGCGGUUCUCUCUACAAGACUGUGAGCACAUUACUCUGAAUACUCUUCACAGAACAGCGGAACUACAGACUAGAAGUCAAACCAUUCAUUUGUAGGCCUAUCGGAAGUUCAGUUGGGAAGAUCUUGGAAAUUUUGCUUUGUGUCCAACCUUGGGAGGGAACUUGGACAACCUAAUCCUAGAUAUAACUAGGGAACUUUCCCAGGACUUUAAUGUUUACCAUUUAAAAGCACUUUAAUGGUGACUUUACAGACUGAAUCAGUAAAAACUAAAUAUGAAUAUUCAGUUUAAUUGUUGUCAUUUAUAAUAGAGAUCUGUGUUUACAGACCAACAAUAUAGAAAUGCAGAAAAAAUUUUCAGUUCAAUCUCAAUUUCCAAGAAUUUAUGUCAAUGGUGUAUGUACUGUAUAUAACUGUACUUCAAAUCAUAUAAUGUCAUACUGGUUACUGGUUUCAGAUUAAGCUAUUCCUAUCUAAAUAAAUGGGUUUCAUUUGGGAUUGUGUGUCAAUCUAAAUAAAUACAUACUUCAUAUUAUAUAUACAA